UUUAUGCGUUCGUUCUCAUUAUACCUCAGUGUCUCGAACACGGCAACUAGCGGGCUGUAUGGCUCAUUGAGCUACAUUUGUUGCCAGUGGUAGUGGCACAGACCGUUUCUAAACCUGUACUGUCUUUGGCAGUUAGCCUACUACUUUUGUACACGAUACUGACCCCCUAGUGCCAGGCACUUAACAACACUACCAUGGACAUUCCGUCUGCAUCUACGUGAACCGCGAUAGAGGGCUAGUAAGCAAGCAAGCCAACUUUUUGCCUGAUUAAAAACAACGUCUUCUUGAUGCGUGAUUGCAUUAUUAAUACAAAUAAUGGUUUAGACGUUUAUAAGCUAUAGUCAUGAAUCUUCGGGGAUUCUUCCAAGAUUUCAAUCCCAGUAAGUUCCUCAUCUAUGCCUGCCUGCUACUGUUUUCGGUUUUGCUGUCGCUGCGUCUGGAUGGCAUCAUCCAAUGGAGUUAUUGGGCUGUCUUUGCCCCCAUAUGGCUAUGGAAGCUCACGGUCAUCAUCGGUGCCUCAGUGGGCACAGGCGUCUGGGCCCACAACCCACAGUACAGGGCUGAGGGUGAAACCUGUGUGGAGUUCAAGGCCAUGCUGAUUGCUGUUGGGAUCCACCUGCUCCUACUCACCUUUGAGGUGCUGGUGUGUGACCGCGUGGAGAGGGGCACUCACUUCUGGCUGCUGGUCUUCAUGCCCCUCUUCUUUGUCUCACCUGUCUCUGUUGCAGCCUGUGUGUGGGGCUUCCGGCAUGAUCGCUCUCUAGAGUUGGAGAUCUUGUGCUCAGUCAAUAUUCUUCAGUUUAUCUUCAUUGCCCUGCGACUAGAUAAAAUCAUCAGUUGGCCUUGGCUGGUUGUCUGUGUGCCACUGUGGAUUGUCAUGUCCUUCCUGUGCCUUGUGGUACUCUACUACAUUGUGUGGUCAGUGCUCUUUCUGCGGUCUAUGGACCUCAUUGCAGAGCAACGGCGUACUCACAUCACCAUGGCGAUCAGCUGGAUGACAAUCGUUGUACCCUUGCUAACUUUUGAGAUCCUGUUGGUCCAUAAAUUGGAUGGCCACUACGGCUCCAGCUAUGUGUCAGUAUUCGUGCCUCUCUGGCUAUCCCUGGUGACUCUGAUGGCCACGACCUUCGGCCAGAAAGGAGGCAACCACUGGUGGUUUGGCAUCCGAAAAGACUUCUGCCAGUUUCUUCUUGAGCUCUUUCCCUUCCUGCGGGAGUAUGGGAACGUUUCCUACGACCUGCACCACGAGGACGCUGAAGUGUCCGUGGAGAUGCCUGCACACGACCAGCCAAAAAUAGCUCCCAUGUUCCGCAAAAAGACUGGUGUGGUGAUCACACAGAGCCCAGGGAAGUACUUUGUGCCUCCUCCAAAACUGUGCAUUGACAUGCCUGACUAAAUUAAAGCUUUGCAACAACUGCUCUAGAGUUUUGAUGGACUUCACAUGCACCCGACAGCUGUGGUGCAUUGACCACCCAUUUUAAGAAGAGGCAGGUGAGCAUAGUUUCCAUGUGGCUCACUCCUAGUGAGCAGUGGGACUGGAAUUUGGACCUGACUUUUUUAGCAAAAACGAAAAACCAUGGCAGAGUUUGUGGAACAAAGGGUACAUUAACACUUUAUUUGGAUAGUCCAUCUGUAGAUGCUGUACACACUAUCAGUAACAUUUCAACUAUGUACUAACCCUAACCUUAACCCUAGCCCUUAUUCUAACCGUAACAAGCAGUUGCUUAUCAACAGAUAGUUUGUUAAUAGUAGAGAUGAACUGUCCUGGGAACAUACAUCACAUUUCCUGAAAAGAUUUAAUGACAAGACUUGGGACAUAACACAAAAAAAUCCCCAAUUUUGCACUAAUGCAAUUCCACAAAAUACACGUGCAGCAGCUGAUUAGCAAAAAAUGAAAUGGCACAUUAUCCAAACAGGUUGUUGCAUAGAAGCCUUUAGCCUAGCAUAUGUACUAAACACAAAGAAGCCAUAAAUUCAAAGCACAUGGAUAAUUGACACUGCCAGACUGCACACUCCACCCGAAUGCAGUUAAACCCCACAGUAUAGCCUAUAAAAUAAUGUGUGCCUCUUUGAGCUGUCAUUGUGACUCUUAAGACAGUCAUAAAUUUGAUAGGCCCAUGUACAAUUCACUACAUAGGCAUACAUCUGUCACAAUUCAGAGGCACGAGGGAAAACUGUAUCUUCUCCUGUCUUAGCCGGGGCAAUUUUUCUAUCCAGUCCCAAUCCCACUGAAACUCAAAAUUCUGACUUUAUUCUGUAAUCCAUAGGUUGCAUUAUCAAAGGAUGUCUCUCACCUAUGCAUGUCAAAAUAAUGCAAUAAUAUUUCCCCCACUUCUCUGCGGGGUCUCGUCCUUGCAGCCCAUAUGAGAGUUUCGGUAGAGAAUGUGUGAUCAACAAACGGCAUGAGAGUAGAUACGGAUAUUUUUUAAACAGAGUUGGUCCCCGUUAAGAUACUUUAUGUAAAUGAUUUUCACUCUUCAUCUCCCUGUUAUUCAUGAGCUUUUCUGCUAUAUAAUCAACUCGGUUUUGCCAAACAUGGGACAUAUUCUGUCAUUCGUUGGAGUUUAUCAAGCAAGUUUAGCAACUUUGACUUUGGUUUGACUGACGUUACAAAUGUUGCGUGAUUCGACAAUGCUUGUACUCUGUGCGCCCUGAAUGCACUCUGUCGAGACUGGCCUACUUCUGAAAUGCGCUGAAUUAAUUGAGGAACAUGACAACACUGUGAAUUUAUGAAUCGCCUGUUUCGCAGUUACAUUAUCAUUACUAAAUAUCAGUUUAAUUUGCUCUGAAAUCUUUAAAUAGUGACGCAGCCAAGCCGAGAAGGUGGCACAGUAACCAUGUCUUGGUUUAAACCCCUUUAAUAAAUGGACACUUCUGAUUGUUGCUGUAUUCCAUGGGACUCUAGGGAUAAAUAUGAAUUAUUCUCGGUAUUUAAACUUGGUAGAUUUUCGGGAAAAUAUGAAGUUGGUAGUAUGAACAUCUUUAGAGCAUCUACAGAUGGACUAUCCAGAUGAAGUGUGACCAAAGGCACUCUUAUAUCAUCGUGAGUUUUUCUGUUGUUUUGGCAGUAGAACAAGACGAAGAUCCAUUUAAUUUAUGUGAUGUGAUAUACUGUACAGGACAUUUUAUUUCCCUUGUGAUGUUUUGGACAACACAAUCUCCAAAGAGAUGUUAAUAUUCAGAUGUCUUUCACAUGAUUCCAGUUGAAGGUGCAUUAUAUGCGUGUCAGAUGUUGUGCUAGCAAAUUUCCCAAACCCUGAAUCUUUGCAUCAAGGCUUGGAUGAUACUGAAUGAUUGAUACUGUACCAAGAUCAUGCUUAUUAGGCUAACUGUUUUAAAUCUAAGAUUAGCUUGCUACUUAGGGAUAUUUUAUCUUGUUUUAUUAAACAGUUUGAGGAGCAUUUGUUGUAAUAUAGUAGUGUAUGAUAUAGGAUUAUACCCUAAUACCCAUGUGUAUUUGAAUAGUUUUGCGUUCUUGAGGUCUUGUCCUGUGUAUUUAAGUUACUCAACAACCUUGUCCCUCUAGCAAUCCUUUUUAUAUGGCAGGAUGAUGUCAUUGUUGCUCCUAGUAGUUCACCUUUGCUGUUACCAUAAUUAAUCAGAUUCUGGGUGCCCAACUUCUCCAAGUUCCUACUGUUGUGUGCUGUUUUUUUAGUUAAACCUGAGUAUUCUGGGUAAAUCACCAGCCUGCCUCUUCUACCUUGCCAGGUCUGCAUUGGGUGAUGAGUAAAGGAGAACCUGCAGUGCUGCUUCUAUAUCAUUUUACCUGUGGAAAAUGCUUUCUUGAUGAAAUUCUCACCUUAACACAAAAUGGUACCCCCCCAUUCCCCUUUGAUCUUCUAACAUAUCCCAUUGUUUGUUUUGUCUGUGUUCUGUGACCACUCUCUCGGCUGGCCUGAGAGUUAAACAUUACCUAUUUGAAAACAGAUUUUUGACUGGGGAUGGACCAAUGGUAUACUUUCCCCUCUAUUGUACUUUGUUUCUUACCCUCCACCAUACACAUUAUGUUGCAAUAUAGCUAUUUAUUUUCUUCUGGCAAGCACUUUAAUACAAAUGUUAAAUAUAUACUUGCUCCAAGUGGCUGAUAACUAACCAAUAACAAACAAACAAUAAAGUUAUUUAAAAUUG